AUGUUCCUCUCCCAAUUACCAUACGCCCUUGUACAGAACUACACUAAUUUUCUCAGCUCAAAUGCUUCCCCAAACCAAAUUUCCCACUUCGAUUUUCCCAGGCCUUCAUUUCUACCAUUAAAACCAAUCACCGUGCAAUCCUUAAAGCCAUUAAGAACAAACCCAUGUCACAGUUUUUUAAUCCAGCCUUUGAAAUGCUCAGUUUUUGUAGUUUCUAAGCUAACAAACUUGGAAUUUACCAGCAAUCCCAAGCCUUUUCCUGCUAAGGUUUCGAGGACUAUUAAGGAAUUUUCUUCCGUGGGCACUUUUUCUUCUUUCAGUCAAGAGGGUUGGUCUCUAGGAUUUGGCGUUCGCUUUGCAGUUGACCUAAAUGGGACUCCAAUUUUGUGCUUGAAUGAGUCCAAUUGGAAACUUUUCGUGGAUAAGAAGUGCAGUCUUCGUGUUCAGCUAGAGCAAUUUGGAUUGCGGAGACAUUGCGGAGUUCAUCUUCUCUUUAUCAGAAAAAUGCAAAGUCUGCAACAACUGAUGAAGGUUUAUAAUCAAACUUCAUCCUCUCAAAAUUCCUCUCCCUUUCCCACUUCAUUGCGUCGUUUGCCGUCGGUGCAAGCCACCGCAAAAUCGCCGCCAUUGCAUCUCUCCACCCGGCAGCCAACAACUUAUCUUCCUCCGCAGCAUUUAGUAUAA